AUGGGGGAAAACCGAAACGUAAAACUUUUCAUUCUCUGUGGUUUAGCAAUAGCGAUCUGCUUUACAGUGGUAGCAAUUGCUGAAGACAAAACCCUUACAUACGAUUAUAAAUCAAAUUCGCUGAAAGCCUUUCAAGCAUUCUAUUUCCUCGCUCUCAUCGCUUUCAUUGUGGCGCUCGUACUAUAUUUAGUAACUGUUUUCACAACAUCUCGAAGAAUCCUGAGCAUUGGAUUUUUUGUCGCGGUUGUAGUAGGAUGUGUAUGCUGUAUUAUCAGUGUCAUUAUAUAUUAUCAACACAUGUCCAAUAGUUACAAUAGGAAUUUUCGGCCAGAUUCCACCUCAUGGUUACUUGCCGUUAUUGUGUCUUCAGCCCAGCUCAUUUUGUUCGUAUGCUUGUAUAUUCUCUAUUGA